AUGCCCGACGCCACACUGCCUGCCUGCUUCCUCGGCCUGCUGGCCUUCACCUCCGCUUGCUACUUCCAGAACUGCCCAAGGGGUGGCAAGAGGGCCACGUCUGACCUGGAGCUGAGACAGUGUCUCCCCUGCGGCCCCGGGGGCAAAGGCCGCUGCUUCGGGCCCAGCAUCUGCUGCGGGGACGAGCUGGGCUGCCUCGUGGGCACGGCUGAGGCGCUGCGCUGCCAGGAGGAGAACUACCUGCCGUCGCCCUGCCAGUCGGGCCAGAAGACGUGCGGGAGCGGGGGCCGCUGCGCCGCCGCCGGCAUCUGCUGCAACGACGAGAGCUGCGUGACGGAGCCCGAGUGCCGGCAGGGCGCCAGCUUCCCUGGACGCGCCCGGGCCAGCGACCUGAGCAACGCGACCCUGCUGGACGGGCCGAGCGGGGCCUUGCUGCUGCGGCUGGUGCAGCUGGCUGGGGCGCCGGGACCCGCUGAACCCGCCCAGCCCGGCGUCUACUGAGGCGCCCCCACCCCACCCCCCGCCCUCGCAGCACGAAAAAUAAACGGUCUUAAAGGCA